AUCCUGCUGAAAAUCCCUCCAUCAACUGUGGUAUGGUAGAGAAACUCCAAAGCGAUCUCAUUUAACUUCACAUAUCACGUGACUGUAUCGAUAAUUUUUUGGAUCCACCAGCCCGCCAGGUUUGGACAUCGAAAAGAGUCAUAAGUUUCUCAGCCGGGGUGCUUUUUCGUUAUCUGAGUGUAUAAGUUGGAAGGAAUCGAUCGAUCCAUCUUAUCAGUAUCGAAAUAGUUGAUUUUAUUUUUCUUUUCCCUCCAUUGAUUUUUUCGGAGUCGGUUCGCAACAAUGUGGAACUCUCCCAAGGUUGGCGUGCUCGGAGGUGGGCAACUGGGCAGAAUGCUCGUCGAGUCCGCGAACCGACUCAACAUCCAGAUGAAUGUUCUGGAUGUUGAAAACGCGCCCGCGAAGCAGAUCAGUUCUCACGACGGCCAUGUUGUCGGUUCGUUCAAGGACCCCGAGGCUGUGCGCAAGCUGGCCCAGUCGUCAGAUGUCCUGACGGCGGAGAUUGAGCAUGUCGAUACCUAUGCCCUGGAAGAAGUUGCUGGGGAGGUCAAGGUGGAGCCGAGCUGGGAGGCAAUUCGCAUCAUUCAGAAUAAGUACAAUCAGAAGAAGCAUCUUUCGAAGUUUGGUAUUCCCAUGGCGGAUUACUUGGAGCUCGUGAAGAAUACGCCGGAAGAACUUGCCGAGAUUGGCGAGAAAUUGGGUUAUCCGUUGAUGCUGAAGUCGAAGACGUUGGCGUAUGAUGGCCGAGGAAACUACGUUGUCCGCUCAAAAGAGGAUAUUCCCGCUGCUCUGGAAGCGCUCAAGGACCGACCCUUGUAUGCAGAGAAGUGGGCUCAUUUCAAGAUGGAACUGGCAGUCAUGGUUGUCAAGACCAAGGACGGUGUUCUGUCUUACCCUACAGUGGAGACCGUCCAGGAGGACUCGAUAUGCAAGCUCGUCUAUGCUCCUGCCCGCAAUGUCUCUGAAGAGAUCAAUCAGAAGGCCCAGGAGCUUGCCCGCAAAGCCGUCGCUACUUUCGAGGGCAAGGGUGCGUUCGGCGUCGAGAUGUUCCUCUUGGAAGACGAUAGCUUGCUGCUGUGUGAGCUGGCCAGCAGAAUCCACAACUCUGGCCACUACACCAUUGAAGGCUGCGGUCUUUCUCAGUUUGAUACUCACCUCAGGGCCAUCCUUGAUCUCCCGAUUCCUGAAAAGAGCCUUGAGCUCCGACAGCCGUCCAUCAUGCUCAACAUCAUCGGCGGUGCCACGCCAGACUCCCACCUCAAGGUGGCCGAGCACGCCCUUUCGAUACCGAAUGCCAGCAUCCACCUUUACAGCAAGGGUGAUGCCCGUCCUGGCCGCAAGAUGGGCCACGUUACCGUCACCGCCGCAACUCUGCAGGAAGCAGAGACCAUCAUUCAGCCCCUGAUUGACGUCGUUGACGAGAUCCGUGCCCAGCGUACGGAUAUCAAGACGAAGGCCGUGAAGUCCGGUCCUUCCAAGCCUCGCCCGACUGUGGGAGUGAUCAUGGGCUCUGACAGUGACCUCAAGACCCUGGUCCCCGGUCUUAAGCUUCUGCGAGACUACUUUGGCAUCGAGCCCGAGGUCGAAAUCACCUCUGCGCACCGCACUCCUAACUACAUGGCCGAGUACGCCGCCUCAGCCGCUUCUCGCGGUAUCAAGGUCAUCAUCGCCGCAGCAGGCGGUGCUGCCCACCUGCCCGGAAUGGCCGCCGCGCACACUGCUCUCCCCGUCAUCGGCGUCCCUGUCAAGGGCAGUGCUCUCGAUGGCGUCGACAGCCUCUACAGUAUUGUCCAGAUGCCACGUGGCGUCCCCGUCGCCACCGUCGGUAUCAACAACAGCAUCAACGCCGCCCUCCUAGCUGUCCGAUUCCUAGGCUCAUUCGACCCCUCCCUCCAGCGCAAGGUCGAAGCCUACGCCGAGAACGCUAAGAAAGAAAACCUCGAACUCAAGGGCACCAAGCUCCGCGAGCUCGGAUGGGAGAAGUAUUUCGAGCAGAUGUAAAAAAAAAAGCAGACCUCCUAAAAAAAGUAUACAAAAAAAGCAACUGAGCAAGGAAUUCAUGCAAAUGACACGAGAAAACACAUGCGUGGUUUUCCACCCCCUUUCCUUUAGGAGAGAAGCGGGUGAUUUAAAGUA